GUGAUUUGCUUCUGGAAGGUGAAUUGGAUCAUGAGCGUGUCUCCUCCUACUUCCUUACGGUGGAGGCUCGCGACCAUGGUGAUCCGCCUCUGAGUACCACAACCGUCGUCACUGUUACUGUCGACGAUGUCAAUGACAACCGACCGCAAUUUGUAGGACGCCAACCGUUGCCUGACUCCAGCUUGGUUAGUAAGAUCAUUCCAGAUGGGCUCAAAGAUCUGCUAGCGCACUUUUACUCGUUCACUGUGGUUGAGAACAGUCGGAACGGAACUUUAGUUGGUCGGCUUCAGGCAGUGGAUGCUGAUAGUGGAGAAAACGGUCGAUUGAGUUAUCAUCUGUCUAUGUUAAACUCCACGGAAUGGAUGUCCUUCAUAUAUAAACCGCCUAAAUCGGCCUGGGAACUACUCUCACCGUCUGAGGUGAACACCCGAUUCCAAGUUGAUUCCAAAACCGGCCGCCUGACUCUGCUGUUCGAACCAGACCGAGAACUGAUAGACGAAUAUUGGAUGACUGCUUCCGUUACCGACCAUGGGUCACCAAAAGCACUCACAAGUCAGACGCUGAUUCGUGUACGUGUGCAAGAUAUCAACGAUUGCCCUCCGGUGUUUGAGAAACCAAAUUACGAGUUCAUCGUGGAGGUUGAUCGUGCCGGCGGCGUUAGCGGGUGUCAUGAAUCGCAGUGUAUUUCCCUCCUCAACCCGUGUCAGCCGGCUAAUCCGCAGAUCCAGUCCGAAACUUGCCUGGCACCGUUUGUGGGGAAGGUUCUGGUCGGUCGGCUGCGAAUCACUGAUGCGGACGCAGACCCAAACGCCGGCCCUUUCACGUGCCAGCUAACCCAUUCAGGUUCCGUACAGUCUGGAUCCGAUGGUGCCCGCAGUGAGGGUCUCUUCUCUGUGCGAAAUUCCUCUCAGUUGGAUCAGAUCAACGCGACAGUGUCAACGGGCGAAUGCCUUUUAUACGCAGUCGAUCAACUGCCGGUUGGCAGUCAAAGUUUGAUUCUGCGUGCCACCGAUAACGGCUUAACUGCAUUGCAUGCCAGUGUAACCGUCACAAUUCGCGUGGUGCGCCAGGCCAAUCUUCCACCGGAAAUUGUCCGAGGCAACGCCACUUUGACCUACUACCGUGGUUCAGCGGCUUGGCAACAUCAUCUUGAGUCCACAACGACAGUGGUUGGUGCCAUAGACGACCUUAUUUCUAAUUUGGUCGUGGCCCGUGUCACUGUUAAAGAUCGUACUGCACACGAUCGUCUCACAUUCGAACUCAUUCCUUCCAGUCCGAGUGCAAGUCUGUUUCGUGUCGAUCGAUACGACGGUACCAUUCGUUCCGCAUUCACUACUGGAAAGUCAGACGCACAGUCCGUCGGUAGUCCCAAACCGACGGAUGAUGCGUUUCAAGAAGCCAAGCCGGUUUCUAACCCAAUGCACUCGUCUCUGGCCACUCCCUUAAGCCGCCUAGAUUCCGGACUUUACCCUCUGCGAAUUCGUGUAUCCAAUGGAACUUUAGCCUCCGAGGAGGUUCUCUACAUUCAGGUGGUCUCAAUUACGGACGAAAUGUUGGAAUCUGCAACCGUAAUCCGAAUAUCUAACCUGUUACCGAACCUAUUCUACAUGGAGAACUACGAUCGUCGUCUACGAGCACAUCUAGCUUCAGCUUUAUUGUCGGAUGUGCGAACAGCCAUAGCGUUGACUAGUAGGCCAAGUGCCCAUCUCGAAGACAACAUCUACAUACUGUCUGUCCAGGAGGCCGACCAUGUUCUUAUCACUACGGCGAACUCGCCCUAUCAUAACCGGAUACCACGGAGUUUGGAUCGAGCGGUCGAUGUGCUCAUCGUCGCCUAUCACCCGGAGCAGCGUCAAUUCAUCAAACCUCCCGUGAUUGCACAGGCAGUACAGCGGAUUUCUGGAUCACUUUCUGCCGAAUUCAAUGGGAAAGUUGAAGUGAUUUAUGAUGUUUGUACCGCCCAGUUCUGCCCCCGUGGUCGCUGUUUCACCCGAAUAACAAUUGAUCCAAACGGGGUGAUGAACCGAAUUGAAGUGCACCGGGUUAGCCAGGUCUCUCCUCGUUUUAGUCUCUCGCCUACUUGUCGUUGUCCACGUCACUUCACCGGCUUGCGCUGUGAUACCCCACUCAACGGCUGUGCGCUGGCUUCUUGUCCAAGUCCACGUAUCUGCCUUCCUCAUGGUGCAAAUGGUCAUGUUUGUAUAUGCCCUCCACCUCGGACUGGACCCAACUGUGAAUCUGUCCAGGCAGUCGGUUUAAAGGAUCCGUGCUACUCCGAACGGUGCUUUAAAGAUCGGGAACACGGCCCGCUACAGUUCACUGGUGGUUCUCUUAUUCAAUGGGAGUUGCUUAACCCCAACCCUCAUCAUCUGGAAUUAUCGUUUGACGUGCGAACUCGGCAGUCUGUAAGUUUACACCAAUGGAGCAGCCUCCGCCAACCUUUGUUAUCUGUGCGUUGGAGUGCCUUGCGGGCGUUUCAGUUCAGAUUGGCAACUGGAGGUCGACUUGUUGUCUCUGCUACGGGCUUGAAAAAUGGCAACCGAAAGCCGAGAACCGCUUCAUCUCUUCGGGAUAGACAGUGGUGGGUAGAAUUGACGAUAGACGGUAUUCACCCACGUUCUGCUUCGAUCGACUGGGACACAGGCGACCCGGUUCAACAAGGCCUUCUUAUCGGUGCUGAUCCAGUUCACGGUUUUGGUCCUCUUGUUCCACCUUUCCCGCUUGCUGAUGCCCCCGUCAUCGGACGAAUGCCACAAGUGGAGCAGAACCGCGUGACCAAUGGAACUAACGGAGAGAUGGUACUACGUUCGGGUAUUGUGGGUUGUUUUCGCGAUAUUCAAGUCAGUCAGAUCAAACUUCCUUAUCAAAUCAACUAUCCAACUGUCAUGACGGAACCCCUCUCGAGUCCGACCGUCCAUUCCUAUCCGACCCCCAUCUUGGUCCGCGCUCUCAAUAUCGAUUAUGGAUGUGAUCCAGGAGCAACUGUUUCCGGAGCCUGCGCUUCCGGACCAUGUCUUCAUGGAGGCACUUGCACCCCGGGUUCACAACCAGGUUCCACGGCAGCGUACACAUGCCACUGUCCUGCUUUAUUUCACGGACAUCACUGUGAACGCACCAGCGACGCUUGUUUGCUCCAACCUUGUCAGAACGGAGGCAGUUGUCAAGCCCUACUUGGUCCCAGUUUGGCGAAAACCCCAGCGAACUCUGGUCUAGCCGCUUAUCGCUGCGUUUGUCCCGCUGGUGUGUCUGGACUUCAUUGUGAAUUGUUACACGAGACUCUACCAGCUCAUGGAAAUGAAGCUCAAAAAGGCUCUUGGCCCAGUGGCCCUGGUUGUCACUCAGCUCGCUUGAUUUUACAAUAUUCCAGGCUAAUCGGUCCCCGAAUAUCACCAAGUGCCUCUCAAUGGAUGCACCCAACAUUCCCACCUGCUCAGUCACAUACCUCAAGUUCGUCGUCUGCUUCUGUUUGCCUCAACAGUGGUGUUUGCUUGGAGUCGCCAAGUGGACCAUAUUGCUCCUGCCCGGCUGGUUGGCAAGGUGCUCGCUGUGAACAUGAUGUGAAUGAAUGUCAGUUGGCUGAUCUGAUUUUCUCCCGGCAACGAUCAUCCAACACUCCUAUUACGGAUUCGGUACAGCUCAAAUUGAGCGAAUCGCACGGCGUCAGUGCUGGCGGUUUAUGCAGUCCAUUCGAAGUUGGGCGUGGCGUGUGUGUCAACACUCCAGGCUCGUAUCAGUGUAAUUGCUCGCUUGGGUUCGGUGGUCGUUAUUGUCAGACCAAGACUUUGAUCCCAAUCACACCGGAUCCCAAUGCACUGGGGUUGACCCAACUCCAUAUUUAUGUCAUCGUUGGACUCCUGGCAUUCUUGUUCCUUGCUGCCCUGACUACCAUUGUUUUGCUGGCUUGUCGCGCCCGUGGCUUCUUUGGCAGUAUCAUCGUGGCCGAUGCGAGAACGAGUAAGACGAGCGGGUCUUAUUUGUGGCCCCCCAGAGAUAAACAUGUGCAGUCAUCACACAAACCACCGGCACCAUCCCCCGACCCACAGCACUACCGGUACCCCAAUUCAGACGCAAGCAGUUUGGCAGGGGUCCCCUUUCUUGCUCCUAGCCCCAGACAUCCCGUUCAUUCAAGUCAUUUUGGCACGCAUUCCAGCUGCCAUGGUUUUCCGUCUGCACGUAUUGCCCAUCGCCGACCAUCUUUGGCUUCGUCAACAUUUGCUAUUCCAUGCAAUAUAGAUGAUAGCACCAUGGCGUUACUCUCUGGUCAUACUGAAAUUUCGAAACGAGGUAGUGGAAGUAGUGCAGCUGCGACCGUGACCGAUUACGUAGACAGAGAGGACUCUUCGGCAGCUGGUACCUCACGAUUACUGCUCUAUCCCACCUCAGGUGGCGAACCCGUACCUGUUGUAAUGAUGAUGUCGCCGACCAUGCCAUAUGCAGGAUCUGUAUGUUCCGUCGGUAACCGAGCGUCUGCCAUUCCACACCAUUCACCAGCUUCUUCUAUGCUGUUCUACGGACAUGCGGGCUUAUCAGGAGCUGGGACGCCAACCAACCAGGGAAGCUCGUCUUACGUUGGCUACAAUGUCGAGCCACCGGGUUCUGCCUGCGUCAUCCCCCGCCAGUUUCAUCCUGCUUCUCAGAUGGCAUUUUAUCAAACUGGCACACAUGCCACAUGUCUUCCUCAACCUCAGUCCCACCAUCAACAUCCAUCACUCAUUGGUUUACGACCCAAUUCCGUAGUGGGUUCAGAUAGGCUGUCGUUAGGUUCUGGUAGCGAUCGGUUUUCCGCUCAUGGUAGUCAGAUCCUCAUUCAGUCAACUUCGAACGGCCCAUCUCAUUUGGGGCCAUAUCAUCCAUCCCAGGCAUUUGCACACCAUCCGUUGUUAACACCCCAGGUGUUGCAUCCCAGUCGUAUCCAAAUUUCACAACACGCCAGUACCUCAGAAUUGUAUCAUCCUGGGGAUCAGACGGAGGCCCCUAUGGCAGUCGAGGCGACCGGGACACUUAGACCGGAAAACAGCAAUACUUUGAAACCCAAAAUCCCUGACGGCGAAAAGCAGUAUGCAGCGGAUCGUACCGAUGCCUUUGAAUCGUCGCCCACGCGAAGGCUCCAUGAGUACCAAAAACCGCGACCUUUGCCCGCCAACUUGCAGCACUCUUCCGGUCAAGUUUCUAAUCAACCCUUCACUGAAGGCACUGUCUGUGCACCAAGUAUAGUCGCGGAUACCUCACCCCACAUGCUCCGUGCGGAUCGUUCCAUGAGACCCCAUUCAACAUCCUUUGAAGCAAACCACUGGAAUAUUGUCUUCUCAGGCUGGCCCGUCUGGUCGGUCCCGUAUCAUGCGCCGUGUCUCCACCCCUACUCCUCCAUGAAUAAUCUCAACUCAAACACUGUCACCUCUGUACAUCAGAGGCCGUGUUCGAUGGUCAAUCCUUGCGUACGAACUCUUCAAACAGUCAACGAGCCCGAGCGAGAAACUUCUGAUCCACAGUCCGCUUUUUUACCAUCCUAUCCCCUGAUGUGCGUAGGAGUACCUCAAUGUAGAGAAACACCCAGGAGUCAAUCUGUAAGCGAAGCAUCACACUCUGCAGAAGUACAAACAAGUAUUUCAAGUGUGUCAGCAUUUGUUCCGAGAUUCUCUCAGCGUAGUGUAUUGCGAUCAAGUUUACGUCCUCGCGGAGCAGUUGGAGCCGUCGCACGUCGAAGCGCUCGUCAUUGUCGUGGUCACACGAACGGUUUACCACCUCUGGCUUCAAGGCCCGUGUCUGCCCAACUUUUGAAAUUACUCCCGUCCCAAAACCGUCCUCGUAUGGACCACUCCGAUUCAGAUCUAUCUGCCUACAUGAAUGGUGACCCGAGUGGUGAUGCAACCCCAACAUUAUGCAAAGUUAGCCGUCCACCGAAACCUUUGGACGACACUACAGUACCCUUUGUGGACGAAAUCCCUUUAGCUGAACUCGAAGUUGAUGCACCGACCAGACACAGUAAUUCAGCUUUUCAACCACACCAUCCGCUGCCGAAGUCCCAUGUGAACAAUGGAUCAUCUGAUCAACAAACUCUGGACCAUGUGCAGUCUGACAAGCACCAGUUUGUCGAAAACAGACUAAAUGGAUCGGAUAGCCAAAGGAGUUGUGAACAAUCAAGUACUCAGCAAGGAACAGUGCCCUGGAGUACCUUCACUAAACACACUCCGGACGGGGGGUUCCUUGUUAAUGGUUCGAACGAAGAUUAUGACUCGAGCACACUUCGGCCACAUCCUACCGCCUCCUCAGCAGGCAAGGUGGACGGAUCUCCUACUGUCGUCUGACCCGGGUCAUCGAUCUAGGAUGGUAGACCUAUUUUCAUGUCAACUCAAAUACAUGAUUUGUCAUGCACUCAACUCACAACAUUUGAUGCAUAUCCUCAGGUUUCAAAGGGCACCAAAUGGACAGCCACACCUCGCGGAGUACUAUGCCCCGCACAUAUCCUUUCUUUUCCCGGUUAAUUCCGCUGCUGUUUACAAAGGUCGACACACGGUAACACGACUGCCUCCCUUUGCCGGCCAGUUUCCUGCGGUGGUGAUUUCUGCCAUGGGAGCCACUUGUUAUUCGAUCUCGCAUUUCAGUCCCUUGUUUGGACUCGUUUUUUCUCAUUUUUCGACCAUGUCCUGUUUACCCUGACCGAUACUGUCAAUACUACUACCAUUACUACUACUGUUGCUAUAACGAACAGCCAUAUUUAUUACAACUACCGGUACUUUUAUUCUUCCACGAG